UCCCACGGUCACGGUCAUUUUCUUUCCAACCAAACAGCCCCUUUUCCCAGCAGAAGCCAAUCAACCAACCACCCCGCCCCGCCACACCACACCACGCGCUCUCUCUCUCUCUCUCUCUCUGUCGAAAUCUAGGGUUAGGUUUUGGGCACAGUUGGAGCGAAUUCUGAGCUUCCAUGGCCGUUUCGAGUGCGUUUGCAGGGGCUAAGCUCGAGACUUUCCUCCUCAGCAACCCUGCCGCCGGUGCCGUCGCGUCGACGUCGGCGUCGGCGUCGGCAUUGUCCCCGGGUCAAAUUCGGGUUCUAUGCAAGCCGACUCGCACCAAGCGAGCCCUGGUCCCGAGAGCCGGUUCGACCAUUCGAUGCGAGGUGGUUGCUCCAGAUUCGGCGACGUCGGCGCCUCCUUCACCGAGCCUCUCUGCUCUCGAGCAGCUCAAGACCUCCGCGGCUGACAGAUAUACUAAGGAAAGGAGCAGUAUUGUAGUAAUUGGGCUCAGUGUCCAUACUGCUCCUGUUGAAAUGCGUGAAAAACUUGCCAUUCCUGAAGCAGAGUGGCCUCGGGCUAUAGCAGAGUUGUGUGGUUUAAAUCAUAUCGAGGAAGCUGCUGUCCUGAGUACUUGCAACAGGAUGGAGAUAUAUGUUGUGGCACUAUCUCAACAUCGUGGUGUAAAAGAAGUGACUGAAUGGAUGUCAAAGACAAGCGGAAUUCCUGUUUCAGAGAUUUGUCAGCACCGGUUUUUGCUGUAUAACAAAGAUGCUACACAACACCUAUUUGAAGUAUCAGCAGGACUGGACUCCCUUGUCUUAGGAGAAGGUCAAAUCCUAGCUCAAGUCAAACAAGUUGUGAAAGUUGGGCAAGGGGUCAGUGGCUUUGGCAGGAACAUCAGCGGGCUAUUCAAGCAUGCAAUCACUGUUGGAAAACGAGUUCGAACUGAGACAAACAUUGCAGCAGGGGCAGUUUCUGUUAGCUCAGCUGCUGUUGAGUUGGCAUUAAUGAAGCUUCCAGAAUCCUGUCAUAACACAGCUAGGAUGUUGGUCAUUGGAGCUGGUAAGAUGGGGAAGCUUGUGAUCAAACACUUGGUAGCAAAAGGUUGCACCAAGAUGGUGGCAGUGAACAGAUCUGAGGAGAGAGUAGCUGCCAUCCGUGAUGAGUUGAAAGAUAUUGAGAUAAUCUACAAACCCCUUUCUGAAAUGCUAAACUGUGCUGCUGAAGCAGAUGUAAUUUUUACAAGCACUGCAUCAGAAACCCCAUUAUUUUUGAAAGAGCAUGUAAUUGAUCUCCCACCCGUUGGUCAGGAAGUUGGGGGUUUGAGGCUUUUUGUUGACAUCUCUGUUCCUAGAAACGUGGGUUCAUGUAUCACAGGUCUUCAGACCACAAGGGUUUAUAAUGUUGAUGACCUGAAGGAGGUUGUGGCUGCUAAUAAAGAGGAUAGACUUCGGAAAGCUAUGGAAGCCCAGGCAAUUAUUGCUGAGGAAUCAAAACAAUUCGAAGCUUGGAGGGAUUCACUGGAAACUGUUCCCACUAUCAAGAAGUUGAGAGCCUAUGCUGAAAGAAUCAGAGUUGCAGAGCUAGAAAAAUGCUUGUCCAAGAUGGGUGAUGAUAUCUCAAAGAAAACAAGGAGGGCUGUUGAUGACCUUAGCAGGGGUAUAGUCAACAAACUACUCCAUGGUCCAAUGCAGCAUCUGAGAUGUGAUGGGAGUGACAGCCGGACUCUUAGCGAGACCCUUGAGAACAUGCAUGCGCUAAACAGAAUGUUCAGUCUCGAGACAGAAAUAUCAGUCUUGGAACAGAAGAUUCGGGCGAAGGUGGAGCAAAACCAGAAGUAAAUUUUUAUGUUAUUUUUCUUUCAGCACUUGUCGCUCCCUUGGAUCUGAAUAAGAGGAAAGAUUCCUUACGUUGUCGCAAAGGUGUCUGGUUGUAAAUUUUAAUAGAUAAACACUAUUAGGUUCCUGUGUGAGUCUUCGCAAUUCAUUUAUUGGUGGUCAACACCUCUAAUUUGGGGUUCCGUCUUGUGUCUUUAGUUUGUCUUCAAGUGGCCCCUCGGAUUUGUAGGAUACAGAUGAGGCUUAAUACAUGUUAUGAAUGAUUCGCCCCAAGUCUGUCUCUGAAAUACUUCUGACCUCGUAACUUGUUUACUGUUGAAUGUCAAUUCUGAGGUUGGUUUUUGUUUA